UCCAAAAUGGCUGCCGUCAGGGACGGAGGCGGAGUUGCGACGAAAUGACAUUGAAUGAUCUCUUGGUUAAAUUUCAUUAAAGUUUUUUAAUUAUGGAAUCUCUUGGUAUUCUAAGGAAGUAUCACAUCGUAAUGUAUUUUAAAAGAAAUUAGAAAGAGACAUGCCUCUCUUCAAAAGAAAAUCAGAAGUUUCCUCAAAAAUAAUUUCCCAAUCUCUUUGGGGGAAUGAUGCAAAUUCAGCACCGUCUAGGCUUCCAAAUGGAACUGUGUAUUCACAAACAAAUUCUGAUUCUUCACUAUUACAGGAACAGAUAACAAAGCCUUUCUUAUCUGAAGCUGAAGAAAAUUUUAAUUCUGGCUCUCCAAUGAAAACAAAGUCACGCUUAUCCAAAACAUUGUAUGAAGUCCUUCAUGAUCAUGGAGCACUUGCUUAUUUCAUUCAGUUUAUGGAAGCACACAAUGCUAAACAUUUUGUUAAAUUUUGGAUAGAAGCAGAAAGUUUCCUUGUAUCAGCAAGGACACGUUUAAAAGAUCAGAUUGAACAUGAUAAGUGUGCCUUGACAGAAAAAGUUUCUGGUUCUGUGUUACAUCCUGAGGGUAGAGAUUCAGAUAAAUCAAAAGUCUUCCUGGCAAGCCAACAUCAUAAUGAAACAAAUGAAGAAGAUAGUUUUACAGUUUUUAGUGAAGAUACCAGUUUCAAAGAUAAACAGUUAAAGUCAUUUUUAACUAAUUUUGAAAAAGAUAAAACUUCACACUCAUUAACUAAGCAAACUGUAUCAGAAGUAAAAACUUCCAGUGAAAAUAAUCAUCCACUCAGGGUACCAUUAGAAAAUGUAAAUAAUGAUGAUAAAACAUAUGAUGCACAAACUGAAUUGAAAAAGUAUGACAGUACUGUAAAUAAUGUAAAUAAUAAAAUUGUCCCUAGUGUGAAUGAAAAACUAUCAUCAGAAAGUGAAGAUAAACAAAAAUUUCAUAAUUCUAGUGAAAAUAAUGACUCGAAUAUGCAAGGUAUUCUUCAAUCCUGUAUGAAGGAAAUGAAAGCUGCAGAUGCCAAUAUAGAUAUGGUACCUAUAGUAAGAAAUAUUCAACAAGAUGCCAUACAUAUUUAUUCUAAGUAUAUUGCUCAAGAUGCUCCUCAUCUUAUUGAUAUAUCUGUAAAUCUCAGGAAUGAAAUAAUUGCUAAUAUUUGUAAAGAAAAUGGUGAAGUUGACCCUGAAAGUUUUGUCCCUGCACAGAAGUUUGUUGUUGAGAAAAUGGAUAAGGAAUAUUUUCCAGCUUUUCUAAGGAGUACUUUUCAUUGCAAGCAUCAGAUUGAUGUUUUAACAAGUGGCAGUGUGUAUUUAGCUGAUGUCUUAUAUAAUGAUUCAGCAUUAUUUUACUUUAUGGAAUAUAUGGAACAAGAAGGUGUCAGACAUUUAGUUGAUUUCUUAUUAAUAGCUGACAAUUUUAGAAAUCAAUAUUUGGCAAAAGAAGGACAGUUUGAUGGUUUACAAGCUCAAGAUGAUGCAAUGAUUUUAUAUGAUAAGUAUUUUUCUCUUCAAGCAACAAGUUCAUUAGGCUUUAGUGAUCAAAUUAGAUGUGAGAUAGAACAGAAUAUAUGCCAAGCAGAAGGACCAUCACCUGAUUGUUUUUUAAAACCAGUAACAAUCUUGAUGCAGCAUCUUGAGAAGAUAUAUUUACCUCAGUUUCUAACAAGUCAGUUAUAUUUUAAAUAUCUCUCAGAAUGUAUUAAUACUAUUCAAAAUGGUGGUGAUCUUGUUAGUCAGCGCAAACGUUCUGGUAGUGAAAGUAGUAGUGAACAUAGUAUUCCAAUUCAAACACAAACUAUUAAUACACUUUUAGCAAUGGAUAGUAAACAACCAGGUGUUUUAGUUCAAAAAAUUUUGAAAAAUAUUGAAGAUCAGGAUAUGAGAAUUGAUACUGGGCAGUUUCAUCCAGAUGCUUUGUGGAAACGUCAAUUAGCAGGGAAACUACAAAUGGCUCAUAUAGAUGAAUAUGGAAAAUUAACUACAGAAUUUCAGCCAGAACCUGACAGAAAAACAGGAUCACGUAUAUCAAAGGCAGUGAAAAAAUUAGUUAAUUGGGAAGAAGAUAAGAGUCAAGAAGAUAUGGCAUGGCAGAUUGCAGAAAUGAUUGUUAAAGAUAUUUGUGAUAUUACAAUGGGACAAGAUACUACUAUAAAAAAUAGUAAUAAUGGAUGUUCAGGAGUUUCUUAGCUACUUAAAGGAAGCCAGAGAUAUGAUGAUAUUUAGAAGAUGGAUAAUGAUUUUGGUGAAUUGAAAAAUUAAAUUUUCCAUAUUUAUUAGCAUCUGCCUUUCUUUUUUGUGAUAUGAGGUAGGCAUAAAUAAAUGUUUGAUUACUGGUUGUCUUUCAAGAAGACAACUAUAAAAGUACAAAUAGUUCAUUUGUGAAUUUAAGACAAGGUCACAAAUUAUGUAAAAAGAAAAAAUGUUAAAUGUGAUUUGCAAGCUUUGUUGAAUAUUGGAAUGUUGUCAAUAAUCUCCCUCCAGUUUCAGUGGAUUUUAAAUACUGGGUUUUUAUAUUUUGGAUACUCAUUACAACAAAAUAAAUGUCAAAUACAGUUGUUCUGAUGCAUCUAGGCUAUUUAAAACAAGUGCAAUUUAUAGGUGACCUAUGUUUUUUUUAAUGUAUUAUACUACUAGAAUGUAUAUAUGAUUGUUAAAGUCAACAAAACCAUAUGAAAAAUUUAUUUUAGUGUUUUAAUUUACUUUAAUAAAAAGAUAAUGCUAUGCAUUAUAAUAAAAUUCUGUAAUUAAUUUAUCAUAUUCCAGAUUU